AUGCAUGUGCCUAUGAAUUCUGUUGGCGCAAAUCCUAAUGUAGGAAUGCAGAUGUCUGUACCUGUAAACGUAAUGCCAGUGCCUUCACCUCAACAAAUGCAGCCAGCAAUGCCCCAACAGCCGCAACAAGAUAAAAUGGAUAAUAUAUCUAAAGUGAAAACAUUAAUGGGUUCUUUACGCGAAUCUUUACCUGUGACUUUAAAAUCUGCAGCACAAAUUCUACAUCAAAAUUAUAAUGUAGAUUCAAAUACUCAGAAAGGUAUGGAUAAUCCAGUUCCUAGAUUCGAUAAAAAUUUAGAAGAGUUUUUCUCACUCUGUGAUCAAAUGGAACUGCAUCUGAGAACAGCGAUAACGUGUAUUCAGCAAGCGCAAUCCGCGUCACAUUAUCUCCCGCUCACUGUUAUACCUUCAAGAUUGGACUCUGGAUCAAAUAGUCAGGAAACCACUCUUAGUUAUCCACAAUACCUGAAUACAGUUCGUCUACAAAUUUCGUAUGCCAAAGACAUUCACGACACUCUCGUUGCCGCCGCGCAGAAUAUCUCCCCCGCAGAA